CCGGCAUGCUGGGUGUUGCUGGAGUUUUCCUGACAUCUUGGCGUGGACAGAAGCAGGAGGAUGAAGAGGGCGACUGAUUGAUGAAAGUGAAACAAAGCUACGCAGACGUCAUGAGUAUCAGACAUGUCACCUGGAGAUCAUUUACCUGUGGACGAGCAGAGCAACCCGACUAAAGGUGGAACGUUUUUAAAUUCACCACAGGAUAUCCCUUCAGCUCGGGACUCCGUUAGCGGAGGAAAUACCAUCCACACUGACCUCAUCAGCACCCAGCCUCUGCCUGCCUCACCGGAAGUAGCAGGGCCGAGGAGACCGUGUGACCCCAAGGAGCCCACCUGCCCACGAUGUGGCCUCACAGUGCCAGACCACAGACCCCUGCCUGCUCCCCGGGACCAGAGCGGCCUGCAGGGCUCCAGUCUGUCCGUGCACAGCAGCGGCAGCAGGAGGAAGAAGAGCAGGGGCAGUGUGGUCAGCUCACCCCAACCUGCAGCCACAACAAGUGACUCCUGCGUUCACCUGCUGCUGGCGUGCCUGUGGUGCCAGUGCUCCGGGCUGCUCCUGGGCCUGUUGGAGGCCUGCUCCUCCUGCCUCCACGCCCUCUGCUCGUCAUGCUGCCACGCCUGCGCCCGCUGCUGCUCGGCCAUCCAGGAGGCGCCCGUAGAGGAGCUCAACUGCAACGCCCACUGCCACUCGGUCAUGUUCGAGUCCUGCUGUGAGCCGACGGAGUGUCUCGAGUUUUGCCUCGAGUGCUGCGAGAUCUGCCAUCGCAACUAGGAGGCAGCUGCACCAACUGACCUGAGGACUGUAGUUUCUGAGCUACUUGUGGAAAUCAACGAGGGAUUGGUCCAAAUACAAUGAGACAUCGUCAACAUCGCUUGUUGUGACUCUCAAGUUGUGAACUGCACAAACAGCCAUUCUUUUACGAAUGUUUCUACUAAUACUUUUACUAUUUUUACACCAAUUGCUGCUAAAUACUUUUUAAAAACGUAUUCCAAUCCACGUGAUUAAGGGGAGAUUUGACUUCAAUUCCUCAGAUUGAUCUUCAGUGAAGGGGACAACCCAAUUAGUUAGAUUGUUUCUGAAACAUUUUUAUGUUAUUUGUUGAAAUCGUCUUCACAUCCCUGUAGCCAACAAUGAAUAAAGUUGUCUGAAGCCCAAGCCAGACUGUGAUAAUCACGACAAAUCACGUGAUUCUUUCCAGAUGAAUUGGCGUAUACCUGUCUGUCACUAACCACUCACUGCCUGUGCUCUCACUGCAUAGGACCGGAGUCUUUAGCCUGAGAGACAUACACUCUUUGUGAAUGUAAAAGUUCUGUAAAGUAAAAAAGAUCAAAAUCCGUGGUAAAGUGAGUUCCUGUCCUCCACUGGAAACACUGUGCCUGAAGCUCCUGGUCAAUCGUCAGGCCCAAACUUCUGAGGUAUCAUGAUUUCAUUUCAGGAGCUAAAACCAAGUGUUUCCGACAGAGGCUGAAAGGAGGAGCUGCAUCAAUGGAUACUAUAGGGAAAGGGUUUUCCGAACAAUGCAAGUGUCUGGUGGCUCGUGUCAGACAGACAGAUUACAUACUUGUCAAUAGAAAAUACACUUGCUCCCAUGUGAGUGCCCAUGGGUGAGUUGGUUGUAAAAUGAGGUGUGGUCAGGUGCAUGCUGGCACAUUGACUACCUUGAGGCAGAGGAACUCAAUGUGCUUUCAAUGAACAGAAAGUCUUAUUUAUUCUAAGGUCACAUUAUGAAGUUAGUAAUAUGAUCACUCUGGUUGUUGCACAUAGAUGAUCUGCUCACGAGUAAAGUGAAACUGUUCCCUCUUCAGAGAAGUGUUCUCUCUGACAACCAAAACAAUCCUUAGAAUAAAAACCAUUACAACCCUUACAAUGGUUAUCUGGGAGGAUGCAACCACAGCUGGCCUUUGAUUGGUUUAUUACCUGUUAUGCCUGAAACACAACCAUGAUUAGUUAAGGGACUUGAUGCAACCGCUACGGAACUGACAGGAGAAGGAAGAAAUGGAAAACAAAUUCAAGAACCUUUUGAAAUAUUGAAAUCCAUUUACCAGGGUCAUUUGUUCUGUUUGUAAAAUACCUGGAUGGAUUGACAGGGAGAAUAAAAGUCAG